AUGAAGUCCUUCUCCCUCAUCGGCGCUGUUGCGCUCGCGGCUGGUGUGUCUGCCCAAUACUCCGCCGCCCCCGUCUCAACCCCAGCCCCGACCUCGAUCCCCGGCGGCUGCAACCCCGCGCAUCCCGGUUCCUGCCCAUCGUCUUACUUCCAGACCAUCCCCUCGUCUGCCACCCCCUCUGCAUCCAAGCCUGCCUCCAGCACCCCCGCAUCCAACACCCCUGCUGGCUCGUCCAAGGCCUCUGUCCCUGCUGGCUCAGUCACUACCACGAUUACAGCCAAAGCAGGAUGUCCCACCGGUCCUGCCCCGGAUGUCACUGUGACGCGCUCCAAUGCCCCCGUGCCCAGCUGUGAGGCGGGUAAGAACGCGACGAAGCCCAGUGUUGUUAGUGCGCCUGGGUAUGGGCCGCCUGCGCAGUCUGGAUCGGGAUCUGAGUCUGGAUCGGGAAGUGGUAUGGGCGCGGGAAGUGGAAGCGGCAGUGGCAGUGGAAAUGGAACGAGGACUUCGACGGGCCAGCCUGCGCAGUUCACUGGUGCGGCUGGCAAGACUGCGGUCUCUGGUGCUUUGGCGCUUGUUGCUGGAUUUGCUGCUUAUAUGUUUGCUUCUGCUGCAUGUCACUGCGGUAAAGAGACGGAGAGGCUCAUGGCGGGCGAGCUCCUAUUAGCUGGGCGCCAUCAGCGUACUAUGUACCGCACCCUCAUGUCCUCGUGCGUCAACCUUGGCGCGUAA